UCGCGGCUCGCGCCUGCGCACGAGUGGACGUACUCCAACCUCGACGCAAACGUGUUUACUCCCUCGCGGCGGCUUCGGUCUCGGAGCGUCCCAAGAAACGCCGUGUCCCCUCGGUUUGCGACCCAGAGCGAAGAGUCUAGAUUACAAAUGCGCCACGUUGCUCUUCGAAUUGAAAGCACCGUAAACAAAAUAGAAAGGGAAGAAAAAAAAUGUAUCCUCAAUUUCUUAGCCGUCGAGUCCGGACGUGAACCACGAGAUGCACUGCACGGCGAAUUGGGCGAACUCGAUUGGUGCGUAAAUUAAAAAACAGUAUUGAAAUGAACAUGUUGAAGGGCACAAGUGAGUCUCGCUCGCAGCAGCUGGAGGAGUUGAAGAGCUUCGCCGACGCAGUUAACAAGGAUAUCGCCAGCGUGGUCGAGACCUUAGGCUGGACGAUGGAAAGCGUGACGAACGUGGAAAAGGAGUACUUGGUGUGCCCGUACGAUCCGUCUCACCGGUUAACGGAGUCCUCUCUCAAUGACCAUCUCGUCGCUUGUCAGUGGAAAACCGAGGGUUACGGAAGGCUGGACGUUCCCUUGUCGGAGCCAACAUUGCCGGCGGACUCACCGUUCUGUAUAAAAUUCGACAAGCAGCUGCAAGAGCGAGUUCUCAGGGAGGCCAAGGAGCAAAAUCCAGCGAUGCAAAUCGGUAUGGGUGAGCGGUUAGUACCGCAUACAUCUGAUAGGGUUGUCAUAGAUUUCACUAGCGACGAGAGGAAAGCGCUGUACGACUACGUCAUCGCUAAUACCGCAAAGCCUGACAUUGGAGAGGAUAUUGCAAGCAUGAAUAAUCUGGAGCCACAGCAGAAGGAAGAUAAAAAAUUGUCUUUUCUGGAGUUGUUGAUACAAGAGCGCAACUUGAAGAGGCGUAGAGCGAAGCACAGGGGCGUUCAUACGAAUAAAAAGUCUCACACUGAAAUUCUUAGAGAGGUGAUCGGUCAACAAAUGGAGAUGUAUGUAGAGUAUAUCUCCGGAGAAAGUAAUUCUGCAUGUACGACAGACGUUCGGGAUACUAAAGCGGAUGAUGCAAGUUAUUGUGAAAAAAUGCAAGAUAGAAACGAACAUUUAUAUAAAAUAUUUCAUACUCCUUCCCGAAACUCUGACGGCUAUAAUUCUGGAGAGAGAAAUGGUCAUCGCCAUAAGAAAAAAGAUCAAAGAGGAGACCACUCAGAAGAACGGAGUCAUCGUCGAUCAAGUGACCGAGACAGGAAACAGGAAAGAAAUUCAGAUAAGACGGAUAGGAAGCGUAAACGCGAACAUAGAAAGUCGUCGCAUUCGAGUGAGCAGAAGUCGCAUAAAAAGGACAAACAUCGAAGCAGAGACAAACGCAAAGAUAAAUACCACGAAAAGAAACAUAAAUCUCGAGAUCGCGAUAAAUCAUCAGAGAGACAUUCAAAGCAUAGUGAUUAUAAACGAAAAGACAGAAGUAAAGACUAACUGCAAACUAAUUAUAAGGAAACAAUAGAGACAAACGGAAUCUGUUUAAAGUUUCUUGUAAAAUUAAUAGUCAUAAUUAAUGAUAAUACAAUUCAAGCGUUUUGUAAAUUUACUUUGUGAAGUGUUGUAUAUAUAUGUAUAUAUUCGUCAUUAGCAUCAAUUAAAUUUAUUUUUAAUCUUGUUUAA